CUCUCUCCAGGGAGAGAAGAGAACGGAGAGGGGGGCGAAAAAUGCGGGGAGAGACGAGAUGACGAACGUCCGAUGCGCCACGUGUCGGCAUGCGACUGGCGGAUGGCCGGCUCGUUUCCCGCAAGUCUCCCAACAAUGUCAGUGCGGUAUGUUUGCGAGUUGGGUGAUGUGGAAACACUCCCUCCCCACCCACCCCCCGCCCCCACCUGGGAAUCCGUAUAGUCGAAUACCCUAAUCGCCCAAUCUCCUCUUUGCUGCGCGUAGCCCCUCUGGUUCGUUUUGAUCGCUUUGGAGGAUUGUUCUGAAAUGUACACACCUUUUUUCAAGCAAUGAAAGAAGAUGUUGCAGCUGCUAGCAAAAUGCUUAACAAAAACUGGGUCUUGAAACGCAAACGCCGAAAGAUUCCAUCUGGCUUGGAUUCAUCAACUGUCAAGGAAGAACACUCUGACCCCCCUGAAGCGGCAUUUAAUAAUGCUUCGUCUGAACACGGGGUGAAAGAUGAAAUUACCUCUUGCCGUUCUUCGAGCAAGAAAAGAGGAGACGACGGGUACUAUUAUGAGUGUGUUGUGUGUGAUCUUGGUGGAAAUUUAUUGUGUUGUGAGAGUUGUCCCAGAACCUAUCACAUUCAGUGUCUUGAACCACCGCUUAAGCAUAUACCAACUGGAAAAUGGGAAUGUCCGAAGUGUCAUCAGAAGAUGGAGUCCCCUGGGCCUACAAGUUAUAUAGAUUCUGAUUCAAAACGAGCCAGAACAAAGGUUACUAUUGGGGAAUCAAAAAAUGAGAAUAAACCAUCUGGAAGUACUAAACUGUCUAAAAAUAUAGGAGGUUCCGUUCUUGAUAAUCAAAGAUUUUCAAGUAAAGUAAAAUCUUCUUUGUCUCAUCGAGUAAGAAAGGAUAAGCAUUCAUCCCUAAAAAAUGUACUUUUGAAGACUAAACUUAACCAUCCUUCAGGAGAUGGUACUGCUGGGUGCAGUCCAUCAACUGUGAGCAUUGAAAAUGUGCCAACAAAGAAGGCAUCUAUUGCCUCUGCUAAGGGAGUUACAUCUCUAUCAAAUGCAUUGAAUUUGAAGAAGAAUGAAGAAGCUUCUAUGAGAAAGCAUCAGUUGCCAUGCUCUGAUAAAUCUCCCACAGAUGAAUGUGCCACUUUAAUGGAUUCCGCUUCACGCAAAGAAAGGAAAAGAAAACAUGGAAUCUUCGCAGAAGACGGUGGAAAGAAGCAUAGACGUGUCAAGUCCAAGGAUGUGGCCAAGUCUGAAAAAAGUAAAUCGGACACAAAAACUCUGCCACGCACCAAUAAAGCUAAAAGGAAACUCAUGUCAAUUAACCGCGAACCUUCUGCAAGUAUGACAAAACAGGAUGUUAGAAAGGAGAUUGUCAAUGAGCAGCUUAAAGAAGAGGUAGUGUCUGAGGAAGCAUCCCUCCCAUCCAAUGAAUUGGGAAAAGUUACAGUUGGACCACUCACAUAUGCAGAAAUUGGUGUUGAUGUUCAACAGGUUGAUAGGGUACUGGGUUCCCGAGUUCAAGACGUUGAUACACGAAAAUCAUGGAGUAAUGUUGGAACGACUUUGAAUGGUCAUGCGCAGUCAGAGGGUUCCCCUGUUCCUAAAGAUUCCAAUAAGCUGAAUGACAGAAAUCCCAGCUGUGUUGUAGGUUGCAAUGAGAUAGCUUCCAAUGAUGGCCCUGAUGAUUGUCCUGAUCAAGCAAGGAACACAAAAAAUGAUGUUCGAAACGAUAGCACUCAAGGAUACAGAAAAUCAGCGAUCAAAGAGUUUAAAGGUGUUAAUUCCGCAAGCACAGAAGAUGAGUGCUUCGUAGAUUACCAUGUGAAUGCAGAAGAAUCUACUAAAACUAAUGAGAGAACUCCAAACAGAAGUGAUUCCUAUGCGGAGAACCAUGAUGGUACUGGAAAUAUGGAAUGUUCUGAAGAUCUCGCCUCUAAUCUACUAGCAAGUGCGAAGGUGGCUGAUACAGUUUUGGCUGCCAGUAGCGUGAACCAAAAGAAACAGAAGGGAUCCAUCUUGGCUGACUCAUUGAAUUCUGAAGGAGAAACUGUCUUGUAUGAAUAUCUGAUAAAAUGGGUUGGAAAAUCUAAUAUCCAUAAUACAUGGAUACCAGAGUAUGAGCUUAAAAUUAUUGCAAAACGAAAGCUGGAUAAUUAUAAGGCAAAGUAUGGGACAACAACAAUAAAUCUUUGCGAGGAGCAAUGGAAGAUUCCUCAACGAGUAAUUGCUGUCCGGUCUACUUCAAAGGGUGCAAAUGAGGUUCUUGUGAAGUGGACCGGUCUCCCAUAUGAUGAGUGCACUUGGGAAAGGAUAGACGAGCCUGUGAUCUUGAAAUCGUCCCACCUGAUUAAUCUGUUUCACAAAUUUGAAUACCAAGCUUUGGAAAGAGAUGCUACUAAGGAUGACAUAUUGAAGAAACAAAAUGAAUAUCAACAAAGUGAUAUAUCCUCUCUCACAGAGCAGCCUAAUGAGCUCCAAGGAGGCUUAUUAUUUCCUCAUCAAAUGGAAGCCUUGAAUUGGUUGCGCAAGUGUUGGUUCAAGUCCAAAAAUGUUAUUCUUGCUGAUGAAAUGGGGCUUGGGAAAACAGUUUCAGCUUGUGCUUUCUUGUCCUCAGUGUACUUUGAGUUCAAAGCUAGACUGCCUUCACUUGUCUUGGUUCCUCUUUCAACACUGCCAAAUUGGAUGUCAGAGUUUUCACUGUGGGCACCUGAACUAAAUGUGGUAGAUUAUCAUGGGAGUGCCAGAUCAAGAACCAUAAUUCGUCAAUAUGAAUGGCAUGCCGGUGAUCAAAAUGGUUCAAAUAAAAAAACUUCGUACAAAUUUAACGUUCUCUUAACCACUUAUGAGAUGGUUCUUGCUGAUUUGUCCAAUCUGCGAUGUAUUCCAUGGGAAGUUCUUGUGGUGGAUGAGGGACAUCGUCUAAAAAACUCCAGCAGCAAGCUUUUUGGCUCACUCAACACAUUUUCAUUUCAGCAUCGUGUGCUUUUAACUGGUACUCCUCUUCAGAACAAUAUAGGAGAGAUGUAUAAUCUACUCAAUUUCUUACAGCCAACAUCCUUCCCAUCAUUGUCUUCAUUUGAGCAGAAGUUUAAUGAUCUUACCACAGCUGAAAAGGUAGAAGAAUUGAAGAAACUUGUUGCACCACACAUGCUCCGGCGGCUUAAGAAAGAUGCCAUGCAAAAUAUUCCUCCUAAAACAGAACGCAUGGUUCCUGUUGAGUUGACAUCUAUUCAAGCAGAGUACUAUCGUGCAAUGCUGACAAAAAACUAUCAAAUUUUACGCAACAUUGGAAAAGGUGUAGCACAGCAGUCAAUGCUCAAUAUUGUGAUGCAGUUGAGGAAAGUAUGCAACCAUCCUUAUCUAAUACCUGGUACUGAGCCAGAAUCUGGCUCAUUGGAAUUCCUCCAUGAAAUGCGGAUAAAGGCUUCUGCAAAGCUAACUCUUCUCCAUUCUAUGCUCAAGAUUUUGCACAAAGAAGGUCAUAGAGUUCUCAUAUUUUCACAGAUGACAAAGCUCUUGGAUAUCCUUGAGGAUUAUUUGACGAUUGAAUUUGGCCCCAAAACAUAUGAGAGAGUUGAUGGAUCUGUUGCUGUGGCUGACCGUCAAACAGCAAUUGCACGUUUUAACCAAGACAGAACUCGUUUUGUGUUCUUGUUAUCAACACGAUCCUGUGGUCUUGGAAUCAAUCUAGCUACUGCAGAUACUGUGGUCAUCUAUGAUUCAGACUUCAAUCCCCAUGCUGAUAUCCAAGCAAUGAAUCGAGCACAUAGGAUUGGACAAUCAAAUAGACUUCUAGUAUACCGGCUGGUUGUCCGUGCUAGUGUUGAAGAACGUAUAUUGCAGCUAGCUAAGAAGAAAUUGAUGCUGGAUCAGCUUUUUGUAAAUAAAUCAGGGUCACAGAAGGAGGUGGAAGAUAUCCUAAGAUGGGGAACUGAAGAACUUUUUAGUGAUUCUUCUACCAUAAUUGGAAAUGGGUUAGGUGAAAAUCUCAACAAUAAAAAUAAAACUGAUGCAGUUUUUGAAAUAGAGCAGAAACAUAGGAGGAAAACUGGUAGCCUUGGGGAUGUAUAUAAGGAUAAAUGUGCAGAAAUCUGUACCAAGAUAGUUUGGGAUGAUAAUGCCAUUUUAAAGUUGCUUGACCGAUCAAACCUCCAGUCAGAUUCACCUGAUAGCAAUGAAGCUGAAUUGGAGACUGAUAUGCUUGGUUCAGUGAAGUCUUCUGAGUGGAAUGAAGAAGUGACCGAAGAACAGCCUGAUGAAUUGGAACUUACCGUGGUGAAUGAUGAUACAAGUGACCAGAAUUCUGAGAAGAAAGAGGAUAAUACAGAAGAAAAUGAAUGGGACAGACUUCUGCGGGUGAGAUGGGAGAAACACCAAAGUGAGGAGGAAGCAGUUCUUGGGCGUGGUAAACGCCAAAGGAAGGCUGUUUCCUACCGGGAGGCUUAUGCCGUACACCCAAUUGAAACUUUAAGUGAGAAUUGGGCUGAAGAAGAUCAGCAGCCGAAACCCGAGCCUGACCCCGAGCCAGAGAAGGAGUACACUCCGGCAGGAAGAGCACUGAAGACAAAAUAUACUAAGCUUCGUGCUAGACAAAAAGAAAGAUUGGCUAGAAGACAUGACAUGGAAGCUUCUGCACCAAGUGAAAGAUGUACUGGAAUCCAGUUCCUUCAGUCACAGGCUCAGGAUGGAAAUUUAACACCUUUAUCCAUUCAACAUAGUGAAAAGAAUUCUUCAGCUCUAUUCAUAGAUGCUAGUAGUUGUGGGCAGACUCCGGCCGUGCCAAAAAACAAGACUGAUUCAAACAUAAGAACUGUAAAAUUACCAAAGUGUAAGUUGAGUGAACAUCUUGGUCAACCUCUCCAUGAUUCUCAAUCAAAUCCUGUAGAGGGCAUAAGUUGUCUGAACUCAGAGGGCAACAUCCCCCUUGUGAUCGGAUUAUGUGCUCCAAAUGCCUACCAAAUGGAAUCAUCACAGAAGAAGUUUACAAGAUUGAACAACCGAAAAAACAGGGUGAAUUCGGGAUCUGAGUUGCUGACAAGUACUGCUGCUUGGCCCACAUCAGAUGAGAUGGGUACUAAAUUUCAUGAAAAUGCAUCUGGUAAAUCUAAAAUGGCAGAUACUCCACUUGAUGUCUCCCAAUCUCGGUCAAAGAUGAGCAUCCCUGAUUUGUGUAGUCAGCAAGAACUGGAAUUACCUCCAACACUUGGAUUAAAUCAGAUACCUCCUAAGUUGCCUUCAUCAUUUCCUGAAAACCACAGGAAAGUUUCUGAAGAUAUCAUGCUAAGAACUGGAACAGGAUCAUCGGGAAAUCUAUCAAAAAAGAAAUGUAUCCAUAUUUGGUCCGAAGAAGAACUGGAUAACCUGUGGAUUGGGGUUCGUAGACAUGGACAGGGUAACUGGGAUGCCAUGCUGCAAGAUCCUAGUUUGAAAUUUUCAAAGUUCAAAACUGUGGAAGAUCUGUUGGUGAGAUGGGAAGAGGAACAAAUCAAAGUUUUGGAUAUACCAUCAUUAUUUACUGGGAAGGGACUGAAGCCACCUAAAGUUGGGAAAUCGAGCAUGUUUCCAUGCAUUCCUGAUGAAAUGAUGACAAGGGCAUUGCAUGGAAGCAAGUUUGGUGGGCCAUUGAAAUUCCAGAACCAGCUGACUGACUUGAAAUUGGGUUUCAGUGACUUGCCUCCUACCUUUUCACAUGCAGACCAUCUCAGCCAUAUUUAUCCUCUCCCAGCAUGGAAUGCUGAUAAGUACCCAACAAGUGUUUCCAGAGACUUAAGUGCAGGGCCCUCAAAUUUUCUCAUGGAGUCCCCUUUGAUGCUGAAUCCUUUGGCUACAAGUACUUUUCGACCUCAUGGUCUAAAUAGCACCGGAAACUUUCCUCAAAAAGAGGGGGGAGAAAGUGCAAGUCGUUUUGGAAAAUUAUCCAACAUUCUUGACCAAUCAUUGAAUUUCAUGCACGAUAGUAAACAUGCUGGAAAUGGCGAGUCAAGCGGGUUUUCCCUGCCUUCAGAUAAAACCAAUAAGGGAAAGCAUGUUCUCCCAUCAUUGAAGGGGAAAGAGGUGGCAAAAUGUGGUUCAAAGAUAAAGCUUCCUCACUGGCUUCAAGAAGCAGUGAAUAUUCCACCUCCCGACUGUGCUGAACCUGCAUUGCCGCCUACUUUGUCUGCAAUUUCACACUCAGUCCGCUUACUUUACGGGGAAGGAAACCCCACAAUUCCUCCCUUUUCUGUUCCUGGUCCGCUACCUUCUCAACCAUCAGAUCCCCGACUGAGCUUGAAGAAGAAGAAGAAGAAGAAGAAGAAGAAGAAACAUAGAUUCCAUAUGCCCUCGGAAUUCCUACAGAGUUUUAAGGAAUCUAGUGAUGAUACCCCUCAAGGAGGCCUUCCCAGUGAGAAACAGGGUUCAACUUUUGCUCAUCAAGACCAACAGGCGUCUUUUGUGCUUUUAAAUUCUGUUGCUAGCACUUCAGAGCCAGGGGUUGACUUGUGUUCUCCAAGUCAGAAUAUUUUGAACCCUUUGUCCUUUCCAGCUAAGGCACCUCUGCCAAAUCUCGCAACUGCUGAAUCUGUAUUUUCUCCUUCCCCCGAAGUGCUUCAGUUGAUUGGUAUGUCUGUUCUAAGUCAGAAUAUGAUGAACCCUUCCUCACUGCCAUCUGGGCACAAUAUAACGACUAAUCCUUCAUCUGAAGUGCUUCAAUUCGUUGGUAUGUCCUCUCUAAGUCGCAGUAUUAUGAAGCCAUCUCUGCAAAACGUUACAGCUGCUUCUGAACUGUCUCCUUCAUCUGAAGUGCUCAAAUUGGUUACGUCCUGUAUGGCUCCCAAUCCGAGGGACAUCCAAGAAACUAAACAGAAACUGGAGAUGGUGUCUGAAUUUCUGCAGGGUUUAAAGGAAUCUGGCGCUGCCUCACAAAGGGACCUUUGUUGUGAGAGAAAUGGUUCAACUCAUCAAGAGCAAUCUUCUCUUGUGCUAUUAAAAUCUGCUGCAUGUGGUACUUCCGAGCUUGCCCCAACCGAACCCAAUCUUGGCAUGUCAUCUCCAAGUCAGAAUAUGAUGAACCCUUCAUCAUUGCCAUCUAACCCAUCUCCACCAAAUACGAUCACUGCUGAAUUGUCCCCUUCUCCCAUUUCUCCCAAUGAUGAAGCAAAUGCGGCCUCAUCUCAGGCAGAGAAAGAUCAAAGCGAGAGAAGCAUGGCUUCUCAUUCAAAUCUUGCCCGAAGUGGGCAGCACGAUGCGGAUGUCGAUGGAGUGUCUUCAAAAGGAACUGUUUCUGUUCAUGUUGCCGCUGAACCAUAAAUUUGGGAGUAGUGUAAGUCCCUGAGCCUCAAUCAGACUCUUUUUUGUAGAGAAGGAUGCAAUUGAUGUAAUGUGUAGUAGUAUAUAGUUAGACCAAUUUGUAAUGUAAAGGCUAUGUAAGAGAAAUGUAAUCAUAGGGUGAUGUUGUAAUAGUGGGGUGUUAAGAAGGGAGAACUUAAUUACUUUCUUCUUUUGAAGAUUCCCAAGCAAUUGUUCCAAAUAUCCUACGGAGUAGUUAUUAUG